AUGUAUCAACGCGCACUUCUUUUCUCCGCCCUGGCGGCGGCAGCCAAUGCCCAGCAAGCUGGCACAUUGAAAGCUGAGACCCAUCCCUCUUUGACCUGGCAAAAAUGCACUGCCGAGGGCAGUUGCACUGACCAGAAGGGCUCUGUUGUCAUUGAUUCCAACUGGCGCUGGCUUCACUCUGUCGAUGGUUCCACCAACUGCUACACUGGAAACGAGUGGGAUGCGACUCUCUGCCCCGAUGACAAGACUUGCGCCACAAACUGCGCUCUGGACGGCGCUGACUACGCCGGCACCUACGGUGCGACCACCGACGGCAAUGCCCUCACUUUGAGCUUCGUCACUGGCGCCAACAUUGGCUCUCGUCUGUUCCUGAUGGAGGACGAAACUACCUACCAGAUGUUCAAGCUGAAGAACCAGGAGUUCACAGUCGAUGUGGAUACUUCCGAGCUGCCCUGCGGACUCAAUGGAGCUCUGUACUUUGUCUCCAUGGAUUCCGAUGGUGGCUUGGAGAGGUACGAGGGCAACAAGGCAGGUGCCAAGUACGGAACUGGCUACUGUGAUUCUCAGUGCCCUCGUGAUCUGAAGUUCAUCAACGGCCAGGCCAACGUGGACGGCUGGGUGCCUUCUGAGAACGACAAGAACGCUGGUGUUGGCGGCCACGGAUCUUGCUGCCCUGAGAUGGAUAUCUGGGAAGCCAACAGCAUUUCCACUGCUUACACUCCUCACCCCUGCGACAGCCCCGAACAGACCAUGUGCGAGGGCGACAACUGCGGUGGAACUUACUCCUCCACCCGCUACGCAGGAACCUGCGAUCCCGAUGGAUGUGACUUCAACUCCUUCCGCAUGGGCAACGAAAGCUUCUACGGCCCCGGCAAGACCGUCGACUCCAAGUCCAAGAUCACCGUGGUUACUCAGUUCAUCACCAGCGACGGUACCGACUCCGGCACCCUCAGCGAGAUCAAGCGCAUCUACGUGCAGGGCGGAAAGGUCAUCGCCAACUCGGCCUCGGAUAUCACCGGUGUAACCGGAAACUCGGUUACCACGGACUUCUGCACAGCCCAGAAGAAGGCCUUCGGCGAUGAGGAUAUCUUCGCUCAGCACGGUGGUCUGGCUACCAUGGGCAAGGGUUUGGACCAGGGAAUGGUUCUUGUCAUGAGCUUGUGGGAUGACCACUAUGCUAACAUGCUCUGGUUGGACGGCGAGGUCUACCCUACUGAUGCCUCUGCCUCCGACCCUGGUGCUGCUCGCGGCACAUGCGCCACCACCUCCGGCGAUCCAGAGACCGUUGAGAAAGAGUCGGGCUCCGCCAAGGUGACAUACUCCAACAUCAAGGUCGGCCCCAUUGGCUCCACCUUCGCUUCUUCCUAA